AUGACGUGGAAUGAUGCCAUUAACUGCUACCUUUUGAAAUGUGUUAAGUUCUACGGCAAGAACUGGACUGAGAUUAGAAAGACUCUUAAAGUUCUUAUUGACCAAUUCCAAAGAGAAGCGCCGAAGAAGGACUUCAAUGAACAGGAACUUUCAAUUCAAUACAAGUAUUUGAUUGCAUCUGCUAUUCCAUCCGAAUCAACAGUCUCUCUCACUGAGGAGCAACUUUUGGAGAUUGCAUUCAAUGACUAUUGUCAACGGAGGUUGCGAAUAAUUGAGGAAAAAACUAACGAAUUAACAAGAAUAGAAGCUCAACAGGAACGAGACAAUAAGUUGCUUGAAGAAGGUCGGUAUUCUGAAAUAUCAGAGGAAAGUCGGCUUAUCUUCCGCAAAAGAUUGCGUGCUUUCGGUAAAAGAGACCUUAUUGCUGAAGUGUUGAAUCUUGAUCCCCUUCCUGCAAAUCCUGAAGAGGACCGAAACCUCAGAGCAGAGUAUCGUCGGGGAAAACUGAUCGAACGGGGUCUCCAUCGAGGAGUAUUUGACGAUCAGGGCAAUCUUUGGAUCCCCGUUGCCUCAGCAGAAGAAGCCCGCAAUUUCUUCAAACGCCCCCGAUCUGGUGAUCAAUCUCCUGAUCAACACGCUGCUACUGAAGAUGAUGAUGAAAAUGUUCAUUUGGAAGUUAAAGAUGGCAUAGACAUAACCUCUACCCCCCCUUCUCCUAGAAAAAUGUCGAAUAUGGAUGCGAAACCGCCUUUACGGCAGACCAUUGGAACCCCUCGCCGUGUAUCGAAUAUCACAGCAAUUAAAAAACCUCUUGCAGUCUCUGUUGAUGGUUCGUCGACGAAAGUCCACGCCGCUUUUCCCCCUUCAAUCGAUCUUGAUGACAUGCAGGCAACCCCUAACAGAGCCCAAAAACGUUCUGCCCCUGUUGCAUCAUCUGCUUUAAAAUUGGAGCACCCACCGCCUUCGGCUACUUCGUCUCGAUUGGCAAAUCGAUUAAAAAAUCGCAAUGGAUCUCAGCAAGCUCCACCUUCUGAUGCUCCUUUGGCUUCUAAUAAUUCCCCACAUGGUCGUUGGCGUUGGAGACGCGCUGUCCAAUCCCUUCUCACCCCUGCGAGCAACCACCGUCAUUCCCACAUUUUUAGUCAACCCGUGACGGACGAGAUCGCUCCACAUUACUCCAUUAUGAUUCACUCUCCCAUGGAUUUGUCCACCAUUAAACGCAAUCUCGAUGCUAGACUCGUAGUGGCUGCUGGAGAGGAAAGUAGUAGCACCACUCCCGCAAUUCAGCAGACCGUGUCGAGUAUCGUGAAACAACUCCUUCAUGAUCUUCUUCUCAUGUUCGCCAAUGCUCGAAUGUACAAUAAUCGUGACCAUUCUAUUCAUCACAUUGCUGGCACCAUGUGUGCUGAAGUACUGGCCGUUAUGCAUUGUUAUUGUGAAUCAUGGCCAGAAGAAAUUCCAGGUCUGCAGGCAAUUCUGAUGAAUCCCUCUCCUCCCAAACUACCAUCACCAAAUUCUACACCUCGUCGUCGAUUUACUGCUGCCUCCUCAAUAACUACCUCAACUCCGUCUGUCGAUCAAACUUCCCAAGCACAGGAAGCACCUUCUACUCUAACGCUCCAUACCAAUGCCAACGCACCUCCCAAUUGA